AUGAAACCACACGUCCUGUUACGGUCAGUCAAAACCACACGCCCCCAUCACAGUCAGAGGGUCGCAAGCCACACGCCCCUCCCACAGUCAGAGAGCCCCAAGCCACACGCCCCUAUCACAGUCAGAGAGUCCCAAGCCACACGCCCCUACCACAGUCAGAGAGUCCCAAGCAACACGCCCCUACCACAGUCAGAGCGACCCAAGCCACACGCCCAUCACUGUCAGAGAGCAACACGCCUUUACCACAGUCACAGAGUCCCAAACCACACGCCCCUUCCACAAUCAGAGAGUCCCAAGCCACACGCCCCUCCCACAGUCACAGAGUCCCAAGCCACACGCCCCUACCACAGUCAGAGAGUCUCAAGCCACACGCCCCAACAACAGUCACAGACCCAAGCCACACGCCCCUACCACAGUCAGAGGGUCGCAAGGCACACGCCCCUCCCACAGUCAGAGAGUCCCAAGCAACACCCCCAUCACAGUCAGAGAGUCCCAAGCCACACGUCCCUACCACAGUCAGAGAGUCCCAAGCCACACGCCCCUACCACAGUCAGAGUGUUCCAAGCAACACGCCCAUACCAGUCAGAGAGCCCCAAGCCACACGCCCCUACCACAGUCAGAGAGCUCCAAGCCACACGCUCCUACCACAGUCAGAACGUCCCAAGCCACACGCCCCUACCACAGUCAGAGUCCCAAGCCACACACCCAGCCCCCGCCAUCACAGUCAGAGAGUCCCAUGCCACACGUCCCUACCACAGUCAGAGAGUUCCAAGCCACACCCCCAUCACAGUCAGAGAGUCCCAAGCCACACGCCCUACCACAGUCAGAGUCCCAAGCCACCCCCCACCUUCCCACACACACACCCACACACACACCCCAUCACAGUCAGAGAGUCCCAGCCACACGUCCCUACCAGUCAGUCAGGGAGGACCCAUGGAGAUGAUGCUUCAAUGA